GUAUCCGUUAACGUUUAACAGAAAGUGGAGUUUUUAAAAGUCAACGUUGUGUCUUUUAAAAGCAGCAUUUGAAGAGAAAAGGACGGUUUAGCCUGAGAGCUCAUCAAUUUACUUGCUAACCUGCUAAUGUUAACCUUGACAUUAAGCUAGCUACACCUAAGCUCAAGCUUGCUACUCUCUCAUUCUGUAUAACAAAGUCUUUAUAUUUGAAGUAGCGUUAUUUAAUUCAUAUUUAUCUAGUGUUUACAUUGUUCAUAAUUUAAAAUAUCUAAGAAGACUAAAUUAAAGUCUAGGCCAUGUCUCUCUGCGACGACACACUCCUGUGUAACUUCCCAAAGUGUCGGACCAAGCUGAACGGAUUCGCCUGGGUCACGGCCUGCUCGCAUGCGUUCUGCGAGCAGCACGGGUCCGGCGAGCUCAGCCGCUCCCCAGCCAUCUGCCCGGCCUGCUCCUCUGCGCUGUCAGGGAAGCUGGACAUUGUGAGGACGGAGCUGUCGCCCUCUGAGGAGUACAAAGCCAUGGUGCUGGCGGGUCUGCGACCAGACAUAGUGCUGGACAUCAGUGGCCGGGCUCUGGCCUUCUGGAGCUAUCAGGUCCACCAGGAGCACAUGUAUCAAGAGUACAGUCUGUCACAGGCCGAGUCACAGCUGAAGCAGAUGGAGAAGGUGUUGACCCAGCAGAACCAGAGCAGAGAACUGGAGCUCACUGCCAUGAAGGGGGAAAUCACCUCUCUGAAGAAAGUGAUGGAGGAUUAUAAAAGGAAGUACAGCGAGGUGUCCGAGAGGCUGAUGGAGAGGAACAGGCAGUACCAGAAGCUACAAGGGCUGUAUGACUCUCUGAGGCUGCGCAACAUGGUGGUGGGUGUGGGGGAAAAAGACACGCUGCCACAACCAGGACCGCAUCAGAGCUUCAACGUGGGGAAUUUGACUCUGUAUAACAAUGAGAGACAUCCGUCUACCCCCUGCUUGUCACCCAGGGGUGACUCGGCAGGCGACUCCCCAGAGAAGCCCACAGUUCCUCUCCAUGAGCCACGAUGGGGACGGCAGAUUCUUCUCCUGCCUGGAGGCGGACGGAGCCAAGACCUUCUUCCAGUUCAGCUCCCCCGCCAGGGAAAGAGGCCGGCCCUUGAUCAAGAAGCACUGAGAUGGGAGCAGCUUUCAUAGCGACUGUGAAACUUAAAUGAACAAUAUUUAUUUAUAUACAGUACGUUAACAACAUGUUCUGUUGUUCUAGUAUUAAUUUAGUUGUCAGCGUUUGGUGUGAGUGUAUUAUCAUAGUAUUUUGUUGUUAUUUAGAAUCCUAUAAAUGUGUUUUUUGCUAAAUAAAUAACGUACUCGACUGAAACCAGGA